AGUUGAGGGCUUGAUAUCAGGGCAAAACGUAUCAGCUAGUGUAUAUCAACAGCUAACAAUUUUUACGGUUAUAUUAAGUGAUCAUUGAUCAUACUUAUGACAUUUUAUAAUUCCAGUUGUUACUCCUAAUUGUCAAAACAUACUUGUACCCCAAAACCAUGAAUCAAUACGAAUUAAAAAUGAACGGUUUAACACGCACCGGUGGUUGAGAACGUAGCAAACAUGGCGGCCUCCUUGCUACCCGUUUCUCAAAAAUUCAUCAAUGGGGUUCCUGUACCACAGGGUCGUAAGACACUAAGGCUGAAAGAGAAAUACAUAAUCCUGCUGGUGUUUGUUACGUUUGGACUCGUGUGUUUUGGUGCGUUUUUCUUUUUACCUGAUCUUCGCGAUAGGGUAAGACUAAAUGACGUUAAAAAUAGGAUUAGAAAUGUAAAUGAAAUGAUAAUCCCCCAUGGGGGCAUAAAAGGGGGAGAGGUGAUCAGACACGAUGUAGACGAUCAUAAACAUUUAAACGAAGAUGUUAUAAAGUUCCAGAACCAGAUGCAAAGGGAUUUGGCUCGAGAGGGCCGGGUUGUCGAAAUGGGAAAGAAAUUAAACAUAUCGAAGAAAGAUGUGGUUAAUAUAAAAGAUGAGAUUGAUUCAGAGAAAGACAAAAUGAUGAAAAUACGUAAAGAGGAGGAGAAGAAGAAAGCAGAGAAUGAGAAAGAGAAAGCGAUAAAGGUGGAGAUGGAGCAUGCUGGAGGAGAGGGCGGUCAAGGUGGUGAACCCAGUGACCCCGACGUCAGGAAGAAACGCGAGAAAGUGCGCGAGAUGAUGAAACACGCCUGGGUUAAUUAUGAAAAACACGCCUGGGGAGCAAACGAACUUCGUCCAAUCAGCAAACGAGGACACAGCGCUAGUAUUUUUGGAAGUUUGAGUCUUGGAGCUACGAUUAUCGAUGCUGCGGAUACGCUAUACAUAAUGGAGCUGAUGGAUGAAUACAAAAAAGCCCGGGACUGGAUAGCCACGAGCUUCUCCUUUGAAGGGGCUUCUGAGCUGUCGGUGUUUGAGACGAACAUUCGCUUCGUUGGGGGUCUGCUGUCCCUGUACGCGCUCACAGGAGAUGUUAUGUACAAGAGAAAAGCUAUAAAGGUGGCAGACAAACUAUUGCCAGCCUUUGACACACCGACAGGAAUACCACAGUCAAUGGUCAACACUAAAACGGGGAGUGCCCGUAACUGGGGCUGGGCGUCCGGAGGAUGUUCUAUCCUGGCAGAGUUCGGAUCUUUCCAUCUGGAAUUUGUUUACCUCUCGGAAAUCAGCGGGAAAAGUGUCUACAAAGACAAGGUUAUGAAGAUCCGGGAGGUCCUGAACAGCAUAGAGAAACCCAAUGGUCUGUAUCCCAAUUACCUGAACCCGCGGACCGGGCGAUGGGGCCAAAGUCACACAGCUAUUGGGGCCCUGGGAGACAGUUUCUAUGAGUACCUGUUGAAAUCAUGGCUGCAAUCUGGCAAGAAAGACGAAAUGGCCAAGAAAAUGUAUGAUGAGGCUGUCCAGGCCAUCUCGGAGAAGCUUGUGAAAAAGUCUCCAGGUGGGCUGACGUACGUGGCUGAAUACAAAUCUGGAAGACUGGAGAAUAAAAUGGACCAUCUAGGCUGUUUUGCAGGUGGCAUGUUUGCAUUAGGAGCCAAGUACUCCGAUAAUGAAGAAAAGUAUAUGAACUUGGGUGCCGGGAUAUCAAACACCUGUCAUGAAUCUUAUGCAAGAUCAGAGACAAAAUUAGGUCCCGAGGCAUUUAGGUUCGAUGGAAACACAGAAGCUAAGUCGAUCCGACAGAACGAGAAAUAUUACAUACUGCGCCCAGAAGUGGUAGAAACUCACUUCUACAUGUGGAGAUUGACCAAAGAUCAGAAGUAUAGAGACUGGAAUUGGGAAGCUAUUCAGGCGUUAGAAAAGAAUUGUCGAGUGGAUGGAGGAUACACAGGAGUCCGAGAUGUUUAUCAGUCGAACCCGUCACAAGACGACGUGCAGCAGAGCUUCUUCUUGGCAGAGACUCUCAAAUAUCUCUAUCUCACGUUCUCUGAUGACUCCCUCAUCCCCCUAGACAAGUGGGUGUUUAACACAGAGGCGCACCCCCUACCCAUAGAGAGUGCCAAUAAAGUGAUUGAGAAGAAGGAGAGAUGAAUACAAUGAUUAAAGUCCCAAUAAAAAGGCUGUGAUUGGACAAAGUCACUGUGUAAGUGUGUGUACAAGCACCUGCUACUUUCAUUUUGUAAUGUCUCUAUGAUGACAUAUGGAGUAAAUUCGUUUAAUGGUUAUUGUAAACCAUUUGAACUCUGAUUCUGAAAAGUCUAAAUUUAUCUCAUUUUGAAAUAUUCUUUGUCAACGCUUCUUCUUGUUUUUAUAUGGUAAUGUGUUUUGGAAAUGUGUGUACAGUGUGUGAGAGAUGUGUGUACAGUGUGUGAGAGAUGUGUGUACAGUGUGUGUACAGUGUGUGAGAGAUGUGUGUACAGUGUGUGAGAGAUGUGUGUAGAGUGUGUGAGAGAUGUGUGUACAGUGUGUGAGAGAUGUGUGUACAGUGUGUGUACAGUGUGUGAGAGAUGUGUGUACAGUGUGUGAGAGAUGUGUGUACAGUGUGUGAGAGAUGUGUGUGCAGUGUGUGAGAGAUGUGUGUACAGUGUGUGGGAGAUGUGUGUUUGGUGGACGAGACAAUUAUACACAACCUCUGCUUAGUACUCAGAAAUAAAGUGAAGGGUUGUCUGUACAUUGUAACAUGCUCAGUCAUACAUUUCUGUGGAUUGGAGUGGACAAUUUAUUAUAUAUAAGUUUUAUAGGCAUUUUCUUUUCAACAUUCAAACUAAAAAUAGAAUUCUAAUUAUACUGUAAAUUGAUUAACGGGACCAUGAGAAAAGAGAAAUUUAUUUUUGUUGUCCUCCCCACCAUUUCUGAUGAAGAAUAUCAGUUUGUACAGUUGACAAUUUGUCCACCUUUCUGUCUGUCUGACAAUCCUUUUGAAAGUUUGUAUUCUCAGACACUAGUCUAAAGCUUUUUGUUUUCUUUGUGAAUGCACAUUGACAGGGACAUACGUUUUCCUAUGAGUUUCUGUCUGCCAGUCUCUCUAAAGACUUUAAACCUGGCCAAUCAGGUUGCAAAUACUUUUGACUUUGGGCUUCAUAUUUAGGGAGCAUAUUUUCAUGUGGCAGUUCUUUACCAAAUGUAAUGAAAAUUUCAGUGCCGUCUCCAAAAUAAAAUAAAAGUGGAAGACCACGAAUCUUUAAUUUUCUUGUUUGCAAUUUCAAUAAAUUAUUUUCUUUUUUUUUUUUAAAUAAAUAUUUCAGAUUGAUUUUUUGGGGAAGAUAACACCUGGUGAAAAAGAUCAAACUUUGUUAGACGGUGCGUGUCGGUCUGGUCAAAAUUUAGCCACCGCGAGAGAAAAGUUUCAGCGAGGUCAGAUUUUGGUUAGUUUCAGCAAGGUCAGAUUUUGGUCGGUUUCAACGAGGUCAGAUUUUGGUUGCUGUGAGAGAAAGGUUUCAACGAGGUCAGAUUUUGGUCGCUGCGAGAGAAAGGUGUAAGGGUUUCUUACUGUACAUACACAAGCUGAGAUAUACAUCCUCACUGUUAACAAUAAUUUGUCAUUUGUAUUUAAUGCUUUGAUAAUUUUCUUCACACUUCACUUGUUCUCACAAAGUAGGAGAACACAUUUAGGAUAUUUAUUUAGUAUUCAGUAGAUAGCGUGUACUCGUGUGGUAAGGCAUUGUUUGUUUGUUGCUAUACGUCGCAUGCCAGAAUUUUUUUUUCGAAUGAGACUUAAAACAACUAACAUUGAAAUAAUCUUACGUAAUUGUCUCGAGUUGUUAGCACCAUAAAAUGUAAAUAUUUUAAUGUUAGCAUUAGUUGAACUUAUUGACAUUAUGUAUAAUCGAUAGUCAAUUAAAUUACAAUGAUUGAACCCUCUCGAACGUGAGACUAAACUACAAGUUUUCAGGGGGUUACGUCUUGAUGUGUACAAAAAACUGUAUAUAUUGUUGAAAACAGAUUUUUAAUUCUUGUAAAAGCUACAUCAUGUGUAAUUUGUAGUUCUGAUAGAUCUUUAAAUAGUCAUAUGUUUUUGCUUUUGGUAGACUUUGUUUUUAGCCACUGUUUUUAUUUUGAUGACAAGUGCAUUCCAUUUAUUUUUUGCUUAAUAUUAAACGCACUAAAAUUCAGUAAGUGGAAUUUAGUCAGAGGAAACAAUGAUUUCAUAAGCAGAUAUAGAUAUUAUCUAUGACUUGUAUAGUAAUUAUUUAUUGUUGAUAGUAUGUAUUUGACAGAUGCAGCAGGAAACAUAGAGAUGUGUUAAAUUUUGAAGAAAAAAAUAAUUUGUUCUUAAUCCUGUGUGAGUGUUUUUACGUUUCGAUAAGAAGUCAGCGUUUUAGUUGUGAAUUUAGAUUUUCUAUUGUGAUAACAAAGUAAUCGUACACCAACAUUAGAUAGCAUUAGUUGUAUAUAUAUAUUGCUGUAAAGUUGUCCUCUCUUAUCAAUUGAAUUAUAGUGAUUCUAUUAUGUGUUCAUUCAAUAGUCAUGUAUUUAUAAUGCUGUCAUUCAACUCAUUAAAUUCAAUUUAAUAAUAUUA